UGGAGGAGUGCAGUAGACAAAACAAAAGCCCACCGAACUGGUGUUUGAGAGAGUGCGAGGGCGAGAGUGCGAUGAAGGAAGCCAAAUUGGUGGUGGUGUUGUUAUUGUUGUUGGUUGUUGUUGUAGCCGUGGUUGAUAGUGAAUCAUCAUCGGAAUGGCAGCUCCUAACCAAACAAAACUUCUCUUCUCAGAUCCGACAAAACCCUUAUAUCCUCCUCUUCAUCACUCUUCCCUGGUCUGGUGAGUCUCGUUCCCUUAUGAAAGAAGUAGCACAUGUGGUUUCUGAUAGACAACAGGAGGAGUUUAGAUCCUUGAAGUUGAUGUUUAUGUUUAGAAAUACGGAGAAGAUGCUAGCAGAUGCUAUUAUUGCUGCUGCUGCUGUUCCUCCUAAUGAGGAGGAGGAGGAAAUUACCAUUUUAUUCUACCUCCAUUCUGUAUCUUACAAAUAUCGAGGACCAUUUCGUGCACUCAAUAUUUUGUCUUCACUCUUACCCCAUAUCUCCAACUCCAACUCCAGCUCCAAUCAACCUCAACCUCAACCUCCCCUCCUCAACACUCCUGACCACUUGAACUCUUUUCUUGCUUCAACUGACAAGGCCUUACUUCUCCUCGAAUUUUGCGGAUGGACUCCUAAUUUGCUGGCCAACCACAACAUUAAUCAUUUUGGUGUUGGUGUGCAAGAAGAUCUUCUUGGAAAUGACUUUAAUGCAGAGGCAAAUCAAACACUGGCAGAUACAAGGAAGAAUAAUCAGAAGGUGGCUGGGGAUGAAAUAUUGAAAUGUGGUGUUGAAAAUAGUUUCAACGGAGUUCCUUGGCUUGGGCAAUUCAGCUCGGUAAAUGAAACUGCUUCCUUCGAGGAGGUUGAGAAUGUAAGCUCUGGUGUUAUAUCAUCUUGUACCUUACAAGAAUUUCAGCAGUUUGAGUCUUUCUUCUCGAAGUUUAUGAAUGUUGCAAGAGAGUUUUUCCUGGCCCCUGAAAGGCAUAGAUUUGGUUUGGUAUCAGAAAGAUCAAUGCUUUCGUCUCUUGGUCUUGAAGAUUCUAGUUCAUGGUUAGCAGUACUUCAUGUUGCUGGAUGUCCCACAUGUUCAAGGAUUCUUAAAGAAGAGGAUGACCUCAAGGAUGUUUUACAGAUGGAUAGUUCUGUUGUUAUGGAGCUGGAAGGUGAUAGGCAUGAUAUUGAGCCUGUUUUACCUGCAAAUAAGCCAUCAAUACUUUUAUUUGUGGAUAGAUCAUCUGACUCGUCUGAAACCAGAGGAAAGGGCAAAGAGGCUCUUGAUACUUUUAGAGAACUGGCACUGCACUAUCAUAUUUCAUAUCAGAUGGGUGAGCCUAAGAGGGCCAAGCCUGAGAAAUCCUCAGUCCAAUAUUAUCAAGCAUGGGGUGGUAAAUCUAAACAUCCUAGAUUAAAACUAUCUCUGACAGCUCAGAAGAUUAAAUUAAAAGAGAAGCUGUCUACUAUCAUGAUCCUAAAUGAGGAUAAACAUGUCACUUUGGAUAAAAUAUCUUCAGAUCAAGAAGGUAGUUCCUUGCAUAAGAUCCUAGCACACCUUCUUCGGCAAAAUAAAGAAGGUAAAUUAAGCUCCCUUGCAAAGGAAUUGGGUUUCCAACUUUUAUCUGAUGAUGUUGACAUUAAGUCAGUAAAUACAUUACCAUCGGAUGCAGUUCAGUCUAAUCAAGUGUCACCUGCAGUGUUUAAGGAAGGCCUUGUCUCAAACAGUGUUGAUUUAGAUAAAGAUCAAUUGCCACAAAGGGCAAGUUUAUCUGCUAAGAUGAAUGAGGAAAGUUCUGAACUCACAGAUGGUGAGCCUUCUUCUGAGUAUGAUGAAGAGAAGACGGCUUUUUAUGAUGAUAAAAGUAAGCAGUUAAUAUCAUUAGAAGCUCACCAAUCUGUAACCGCUCUUGAAGAAGUUGCCACUGCUCAAGAUUUGGUAGUGGAAGAAAAAAGUUUUGAAAAUGUAGUGGUUGAAGAAAAGAGCUCUGAAGAUGCAGUCUUGGAAGAAAAAGGUUUUUUGUUGGUGGACAACUUAAGGGAGCAACAGCUUCACUUUCAAGGCUUUGAGGGUUCCUUUUUCUUUUCUGAUGGCAACUAUCGGUUACUUAGAGCUCUGACCGGUGGCUCAAACAUUCCAUCCUUGGUAAUAAUUGAUCCCCUUUUGCAGCAGCAUUAUGUAUUACCCCAAGAGUCAGAUUUCAGCUACUCUUCACUGGCUGAUUUUCUCUCUGGUUUUCUUAAUGGGACUCUUCCUCCAUAUCAACUGUCUGAAUCCAUUAUUCGAAGCCCUAGGGAGGCCACUGUCCCUCCAUUUGUUAAUGUGGAUUUUCACGAGGUGGAUUCAAUCCCUCAAAUUACGAUUCAUAGAUUGUCUGAGCUGGUUCUUGGUGUUAAUCAAUCUAACACCAACAAUGUGGUCCAUGCAUGGAAUAGGGAUGUGUUGGUCCUUUUUAGCAAUAGUUGGUGUGGGUUUUGUCAGAGAAUGGAAUUGGUUGUUCGUGAGGUUUAUCGGGCUGUGAAGGGUUACAUGAAUGUGUUAAGGAGUGGAUCAAGGAAUGGAGAAAAGGUGUUUAAUGGUGACAACUUGAAGGAUGCCCUGGUUGAACUUCCACUGAUCUAUUUAAUGGAUUGCACAUUGAAUGAUUGCAGUUUGAUACUCAAAUCAAUGGAUCAGAGAGAAGUUUAUCCUGCUCUGAUAUUAUUUCCAGCAGAAAGCCGGAAUGCCAUUCUCUAUGAUGGAGAUAUGGCUGUAGCUGACAUAAUCAGGUUCAUAGCUGACCAAGGCAGCAAUUCGCGUAAUCUUAUCAGCAAUAAGGGCAUUAUUUGGAAUGUUGCCAAAAGAGGUGGCGGGCAUCAGAAUCCAUUCAAGGAGGUGUCACCCACUGAAAUUCGUGAUGAAAUUUCUACUUCCAAGUACAAAUCCCAUGAAGUCCUAUUAAAAGACAGGGAAAUGGAAAGAGUCGGUGAAUACAAUCAAAUCAAAUCUCACACAUCAAAAGACUUGCACGAAAGGGCUCCUCAUGUGGUGGCUGGUUCUAUCCUAGUUGCUACUGAAAAACUUCUUGGCGUACAACCAUUUGAUAAGUCAGUAAUUCUCAUUGUGAAAGCUGAUCAGAGUAAUGGAUUUCAAGGUCUAAUUAUCAACAAGCAUAUCAGAUGGGAAUCUCUGCAUGAACUGGAAGAAAGGUUAGAAAUGUUAAAAGAGGCUCCUCUGUCCUUUGGGGGGCCGCUUAUGAUACGCGGAAUGCCUCUUGUCUCUUUAACUCGAAGUGCUACUAAAGAUCAGUAUCCUGAAGUCCUACCAGGUGUCUACUUUGUUGAUCAAGUAGCGACAAUUCAUGAAAUCAAGGAGUUUAAGUCAGACGAUCAAUCAAUUGCUGACUUUUGGUUUUUCGUGGGCUACUCUAGUUGGGGUUGGGAACAGCUGUUUGGUGAGAUUGCUGAAGGAGCCUGGAAUGUAACGGAUGAUGGUAUACAACAUUUAAAUUGGCCGUGAAUUUGACUAUUUAAUCAGCUGGGAUAUUUCAUCUCAAAUAUGAUAGAGCUUAAGGGUAACUCAAGCGGGAAGUCAAGCAGUGGACAACCACUGAAGUAUGAUUAGAAAGAGGAGCUUAGCAUAUCUUACUGUUUGAUAUGUUUGUAAUAUUUAUGGGCUACAAUUUUUUUUUUUAAAAGAAUGCCAAUACAGCCACUUUAUUUCAUAAACUGAAAAUCAGACAAGUAACAAUUAUAAAGAUUUAGAGGAAUAGACUCCAUCCAAACUAAAGAAAAACGUCUUGCUCUC